AUGCAAGUAGAUUAUGAUGCAUCACUAAAGAAUCAAACAUGGGAGCUUGUGCCACAUUAUCCCUCUCACAACAUUGUUGCUUGCCGAUGGUUGUACAGAAUUAAAAAGAGGCCGGAUGGCCCUCGUGCCUGGUAUAAUGCACUCAAGGCUUAUCUCCUCUCCAUGGGCUUCUUCAAAUCUGAAUCUGAUAGCUCCUUGUUCAUCAAGCAUGCUUAUGCCAUCACUGUUUAUCUUCUAGUUUAUGUGGACGACAUCAUUGUUACUGGCAGCGAUCAUGUGGUGGUUCAACAGGUUAUCUCAUCACUUGCUACUCAUUUUUCCCUUAAAGAUCUUGGCCCCCUAGAUUACUUUCUUCGUGUUGAAAUCUUACGACAUUCCGAUUGUCUUUUCUUGUCUCAAUCUCAUUAUUUUUCUGAUAUUCUUCAAGAUGCAACUAUGCAAAAUUGUAAUCCAGCUAAGACACCCAUGAGCUCCUCUGCGAUUUAUCAUGUUUGUGAUGGCUAUCCACCUACAGAUGCUACCAAGUAUAGACAGGUUGUUGGGAAACUUCAAUAUCUUAGUUUCACCAGACCAGACAUAUCAUACUCGAUAAAUAAGCUCUCACAAUUUAUGCAUACUCCCUCUGCACUAUACUGGCAAGCUGUUAAAAGAGUCCUUCAAUAUCUCCAAGGCACCAUACAUCAUGGUCUCUGUUUAAGGAAAAGUGACGCCUUAAACUUGGUAAUGUUCUCUGAUGCCGACUGGGCUGGUGAUAUCAAUGAUCGCACCUCUACUUCGGGUUAUGUACAAUUUCUUGGUCACAAUCCAAUCAGCCGGUCCUUUAACAAACAAACUACUAUUGCACGGUUUUCCACUGAAGCUGAGUAUCGUGCAGUUGCUAGUGGUCUAGCUAAAACAACUUAG